CUCAGGAGGACGCAUUACCACUAAUUAAUUAGCUAUUACGGAUGACAAUGGGGCUCCGAGUUGUAACACCAGCUGGGCUUUAACGAGCCAGGCGGUGCCGGGCGCCUCCCGUGGCCGAAGCGCCCUCACCCGGUUUCUGGGCGGUCCGGCCCGGUGCGGCUAUGUCCCACGGCCCCAAGCAGCCUGGCGCGGCCUCCGUGCCGGCGGGCGGCAAGGCUCCGGGCCCGCACGGGGGCUUCGUGGUGGCCGUCAAGCAGGAGCGCGGCGAGGCCCCUCGGGCCGGCGACAAGGGCUCCCACGAGGAAGAGCCGGUGAAGAAACGAGGCUGGCCGAAGGGCAAAAAGCGGAAGAAGAUUCUGCCCAACGGGCCCAAAGCACCGGUCACGGGCUACGUGCGCUUCCUGAACGAGAGGCGUGAGCAAAUCCGCACGCGCCACCCGGACCUACCCUUCCCAGAGAUCACGAAGAUGCUGGGCGCCGAGUGGAGCAAGCUUCAGCCCGCGGAGAAGCAGCGGUACCUGGACGAAGCGGAGCGGGAGAAGCAGCAGUAUAUGAAGGAGCUGCGGGCCUACCAGCAGUCUGAGGCCUAUAAGAUGUGCACCGAGAAGAUCCAGGAGAAGAAGAUCAAAAAAGAGGACUCGGGCUCGGGGCUCAUGAACACGCUCCUGAACGGACACAAGGGUGCGGACUGCGAUGGCUUCUCAACCUUCGACGUCCCCAUCUUCACCGAAGAGUUUCUGGACCAAAACAAAGCGCGGGAGGCGGAGCUGCGACGCCUGCGGAAGAUGAACGUGGCUUUCGAGGAGCAGAACGCCGUGCUGCAGCGGCACACGCAGAGCAUGAGCAGCGCGCGCGAGCGCCUGGAGCAGGAGCUGGCGCUGGAGGAGCGGCGGACGCUGGCCCUGCAGCAGCAGCUCCAGGCCGUGCGCCAGGCUCUUACCGCCAGCUUCGCCUCCCUACCGGUGCCGGGCACCGGAGAGACCCCGACCCUCAGCACCCUGGACUUCUACAUGGCCCGGCUGCAUGGCGCCAUCGAGCGUGACCCCGCGAGGCACGAGAGCCUCAUCGUGCGCAUCAAGGAGAUCCUGGCCCAGGUCGCCAGCGAGCAUCUGUAGGGCCGGUGCCCACGGAUCCGAGGAGCAGCGCUGCGCUCGGCCCUCCCCACGCCCGGCCGCCGGAGGAGAGGCUGGGGGUCCACUCUUUGGGGCCAGGCCCCAUCCUGCACCUUGGGGGCUACAGCCCCCCUAAAACUAAAUCUCCACCGUACCCCUUCAGCUUCCCGCCUUCCCAGCCCCAGGGAAAGCGCUGGUCACUGGAGAGCAAGUUAAGCCCAGGGUCGCAAGGCCCGGAGGGACCCCAGGCCCUGAGGCAGCCACAGGACCCACAGCACAUGUCCCAUGGGAGGGCUGCCUGGGGCCCCCCGCACCCCCAGAACAGCUUGCCUCAAAGGCUGCAUGGUGGCCACACAAUGGGAAGACCCUUGGUGGCAGCUCACGGUCUCAGCAGGGCCUGGGGGGCGCUGAGCGUCCCCUGGCCCAGCUGAGCGGCUCUCAUGGAGACAGAUCCUUCCCACUGCUCGAUCCAGACUUUUUAAAUAAAAACUCGUAGAAUUUGUA